AUGUCGCGCCGUUUUCCGGCCCUAGCAGUCGUUCUACAGCUUGCAGUUGCAGUACACAAUCCGUUUUGCCUGGCAGAUCAUAUCUCACCCCGUGCCACAACUAUACCUAGGGGGGGUUUUGUACCCGCCUGCGCACAGGGUUGCCUGCUCUCCUUUUUAAAAUUAGACUUCCCCGCUGCGGCCUGCCCGAAUUCACGCGACCUAUCCUGUCUCUGCACCAGAAGAUCUACCACGGGGUUUACGCUUGGUGAAGGUGCCCUGCGUUGUGUGUACGCCUUCUGUUUGAACCCUGGUAUCCGGGAGCUCCAGGUAUAUGCCAUCUGUUCUGGCAUCCGGAACGCCCUUCCAAAUACCCAUACUGCAAUCACCAUCACAUCUACAGCCAUGACGACGACGCAAGCAGAUCCAUCCCCUUCAACAACCGUUUCCGAGACCACCCUCCCCACAACUUCAACCCUGAGCACUACCUACUCAUCCACUUUGACAACGCCAACUAUUUCAAGUACUAGCGCAACACUUCUAUCAACUGCCUUAUCAUCAUCCAGUACUCUGGCCCCUCUGGAUCCAACCGGACUUCCACCCGGACUCCCCGAGCCUCCUGCAGCCAAUGAUGAACCAUCCAUGACCAGUGCCCAGGUAAUAGGGGCUUCCAUCGGAGGUGCAGUUGCAGGUGCAUCGUUAUUGGCCUUGAUCAUAUUAUUACUCUUAAAGAGCCGCCGAAAAAGGAUGAUGGCAGCUCAUGAGAGCGAAUUCGAAAUUGGCGGGCAAAUGUCCGAACCCACUCCACAGGGUUCUACAGCGGGAUAUCGGGGUGGCCCGACUCUCGGAUCCCCCAUUGGCAUAUACAACGAACCAGUCGCUCGUCGGCUUACCCAUCCAUCUAACACUACCAAACAAUCAGAAGCUACUUCCCCAGAUGCUGGUAACUUUCCGUAUCCAUAUCCCGCCUACAGCCAUAGCGGGAGCGAUGAUGCGAGUUUAUCGACCCCCAAUGCGACAAAGUCUAAAUCGCCUCGUAGAAUAUCGCAAUUGCUACCGGAAAAACCCAACUACGAGGUAUACUCCUCGCAGCAUCCGAUUACGGAACGCUUGGGACGCCGCCCGGAAAGUUCGGCCACAGUAUUUGAAGAAGAUUAUGAUGGGGAUAGGAAGGCCCUUCUUGCGGCAAACAGCCACUGGCCCACCGCACAUCCAGGCGGCGGAUAUAAAAAUAUGUCUGCGUACAGGAAUUAUUCACAACCGCAGCAGUUUGGUAUUCAAUACACGACUUACCAGAAUACUGGGAGACAUCAGCCGCAACACCGGCAACGGCCGCAGCCUCCAACGUUAAGACUAGUAACCCCCGCCAGGAGCAACUCGUACCAGGGUCGAACAAAUAUGGCCACCUCGCCUCCAAAGGUUAUGUACCAACGCGUGGAUUCGGGAUUAUCCAUGCGAUCCAACGGGACAAGGCUGGGCGGACAUCCGAAUUUAUACCCACGGGCUGGAGCUGGUGCUGGUGCUGGAGCAUGGAGGCAUGGUGGAUCAGUCGACCUAAAUCGACGACGACCGAACGAUCGAACGUCCGCCGGGUCAGUUACAAGUUUUGAGUCCGUGGAUAUGAAUGACGGGAAUAGGAAUGGUAAUGCAGGGAUUGUCCCCAAGCGCACCACCGUUCGCCUCAGCCCUGUCAGGGAAAGGCCAACAUCCCCGGAUCCGAAUGCGUACCCGGCACCACUAUCCAGGCCAGUGAGGUACCCACCAAUGAACGGACGAUCUGCAUCAACUAGUUAUAAUUUUCAAGGGCAAGGAUAUAGUGAAAGAGUCAACGACGUGACUAUGGGGAAUGGAGCGAAUGGCGGCAACUCACGUUUAUAUCCAUAUCCGUAUCCGUAUCCGUAUCGUAAUCCCGCUGGUACCACAAAUAACAUUCCCAAAUUUCCGAAAUUCCAUCAACCACUCCGACCGCCAAUACCUCGCCCUCAGCCGGAAUCGCAAACACAGCCACAACCACAACCACAACCACAGCAUCAAUACUCACCACCCACCCUCAAUGAACCACGAAAUAGCCGAACCAGCAGCAACAGCAAUAGCAGUAGCAACAACAGCCUCCUAAGCAAACGCCGCGGAGAAGCCAUGGCAGAUAAGAUGGAGAGCGAGCUAGAUGUCGACAAAGCAAGCAGACGCCGUCCCAGCCCUUUGAAUUCUGGGAGCAAGUCGGAGAGUGGUGCUGGAGCGGCGGCACAGGGAGGACUGAGGACGCCGUUGCCGUCGGUGGGUUUUAAGGCGCGGCAGAACAGGCAGGCGCAGGAACGACAGCAGCAGAAGCAGCAGCAGCAGCAAGGGAGGCGGGAUAGAGAUAUGACUGACGAUGAUAACGUCGCUGAUGUGGAACAACAGUCUGACCUGCUAGGAUCGCAGGGGCGGAAAUUGACGCCCACGAGACGCGGGCCGGAUUUAUAUCUUAAUGUCGAGUGA